AGCACGUGGUCAAGUGUUUAAGAGAAAAAUGGCCCUCAAAUACGUCAUCAUCGCCGUGGUUGCGUUCCUCUGCGUCGAAACCCUCAGCGCUCUCAGUCUCGCGAAGCGCUCUCUGGCUUCGGACGCGUCGGCCAACUCCUCGGCGGAAGUCCAAACCAAGGAGAUCUGCCAGGGGAGGACUCCGUGCGGGUGGGCCGUGUACAACAAAAUGACGCGGUUUAUCGACUACUUCAUGCGGAAUAAGUGCGACUGCAGCAAGGAGAAGAGGUGUCUCAGGGACGACGACGACAUCUCCAUCACGGCCUAUGUGUACCGCUGCAAGAUCGACGACGGCCCCAAGACCACCUCAUGAGGCCCACCCCAAGCCUAGUCCCAAUCUCAUUGCCUCUAUAGUAUCCAGUAUUUCACCCGAUUUAGUACUUAGCAGCGGUCCAGCGCCGUCUUUACUUAAACCAAAAAUUUGCAAGCAGUGCAAUUUGCCAUUAGUUUAGUCUAGGUUUACCACCUGUGCUGUAUUUAUUUUUAUUUAUGUAUUUAUCGCAGUAUUUGAAUUAUCAAAAUUACUCAACUUGUUUUUAUACGCGCGGAAAAUUUAUGCAAUAAAACCGACUCAAAGCCAA